AUGGCAACUAACCAAGCGGCUUCUCAAGACGCCUCUCCGAUGUAUAUCCUGAACAACUACCCACACGACAAGUAUCAUCCCCUUUCCGUGGCCGGGUCCGGGGCCUUGGCAAUGGUCUACUUCUCAGUGAGCAAUCAAGAUUAUGAUGCUCUUGGCAAGACCAAAUCGACUAAUACUUUCGAUGAGUUGCGAACCAAGCUGGUCGCCGUCAAGGUGUACGCCACCAUGCCUAGUAAUUGCGCGGAGCUUGAGGCCUUGCAGACCAUUCAGGAGAGUGCUGGCAAGGAUAGCCAUCGGCUACUCGCAUCACUAGUUGAUUACGGAACUAAGUGGGUUGCAACCAAGGCUAUCACCCCGUCUUUGAGUGUUUACGAACUCCAAAAUCCUACUCCAGAAGCGCUGAUCCUUCACACUCUACUGGAAAUGAUGAGGGUGUGCCAUGUCUUGUAUGAUGGCUUUGAGACUCCGAUGAUCCACGGGGAUUUACAUCCAGGUAAUAUGCUCAUUGACGCAGGUUCCCAGACAGAAUUCGGACUCCCAGGUAUCGUAGUGAUUGAUUUCGAUCAGACCAAGUCCGCGGGGGGAUUCGAAGAGGCAUGGGAACACUUCUGCAUGUGGGCUCGCCUCCUGUUGAGCAUGCUGAAUCGAACCGGCUACGGAACGCCUAUCGAGGGCUGGGACCAAAUUAACGAUUAUCUAUUCAGCUCUGCAAGCCAAGCAUCAUUCGAAGGCAUGUGCGGUGCCAUUCAAAGCCAACUCGCAAAGUCAUUGGCUAGCCUGAUACCUGAGAGUGUGCAUCUCAUUGGGCAAUCCAUUAGGGUUGCAGCCGCCAAGAAGGAGGCAAAUCUCCGACUUGUGUUUCAGCAGGCCGGCCUACUGGGAUAA